UGUUGACUCGUUGAUAUGAUUGUUGGAUCGGUGUCAGUUAACAAGUGGAGUGGACUCACGCAUAGCAUCAAAUGAAACGAUUAAGCGGUGCGUGCUUUCGUAGAUUGUAUUUAUAAAUUGUUUAAUUGUGUGUUGUUACAAAAUAUAAAGAAAUAAUUUGAGUGCUCCUAGUGUUUUGUGAACUUUUUUCAUAUCUAUACAGUUAGAGCAAUUAUUUAAGACAGUAAGAUAACAAGUUUUUGUGUCGGUUCGAGUGCUUUCAAAUUGACUUUUGACGUCACAUACGGCGACCGAACGGUUCGCGCCGAAGAUUAUGUAGGAACUGCGUGUUUAUUAUCUUCAGAUACGUUUGUUGCUGAAAUCGGAUGUUGAAUGGAUCACACGACGUGAGCGUGUUGGAAAUAUGCUUUUGAAAUGCACAGCAGACGGGAGACGGAUCAAAGUGAACGGAGCUCCGGUGGGGCAAGGGAAUGUAGCGAGAGGCAUGAAAAUGACUAUGUCGACGACAGCGACGAUGAGCGCGCGGGUCCACAGGAAAGUGAUACAUAAGCGGCCGCACCCGGGCAAGUCGGGGCUCCCGGGCAAAAUGUUGCACGCGGGUAAGAUGGCGCACCCGGGCAAGAGCGCGCACAACCCGGGCAAGUUCGCGCACCUCGGCAAACUCGGCAAACUGUCACACUACGCGCACACGCACUCGCUGCGCCCGCCGGAACCGUGCGAGAACAGUAACGACAGCGGGCUCGGUCCGGACCCAGUCAACAGAUGUGCGGACACGACGGAGGAAUGGGACCAUGGUGAGGCGAAGCGGCGACGCGCGGACGAGGACCCGGUUAAGGUAGAGUGCGACGACGCCAUUGAUGCGUACACGUUCGCGCCCGCUCUCGCACCCGCGCCCGCGCCCGCUCCGCUCGACACGCCGUCCACUCAGCUGCCCGCUCCCGUGAUUAGAGCGGGGUGCAGUUUAUCUAGUCCAAACAUCUCGGAGAGUCCGGGUAAACGGUUCCAGGAGCCGGCGUACCGGGCCUGCGGGGGUAAGCUUGGCACCAGCGCCAAGCUCGCCGGCAAGUACGCGGGUGGAGGCAAGCUGGUUGGCGUGGGUGGCAAGCUGAGCGGCAAGUUGGGGGGCAAGUACGGCGGCAAGCUGGCGCAGGCGCUGGCGAGGCGGCGCGCGCUGGCCGCUAUGGCGCACUCGGGUCCGCCCGGCCUCGCUGCGCCGCUUUCCAGCCGCUCGCGGGAUGGCAGCGUCGAACUGCAGAUCCUCUGCCAGCCAGAAACACAGCAUCGAGCGAGGUAUCAGACUGAAGGCAGCCGGGGCGCCGUCAAGGACAACUCCGGGAACGGCUUCCCCAUCGUCAAGCUGGUCGGCUACGACAAGCCUGCCGUCCUGCAGGUGUUUAUCGGCACGGACAGCGGGCGCGUAGCUCCCCACAUGUUCUACCAGGCUUGCCGCGUGGCCGGUAAGAACUCGACGCCGUGCCGCGAGCGCAAGGAGGACGGUACCGUGCUCAUAGAGCUAGAUCUAGACCCCAGCAAGAACUGGCAGGUCACCUGCGACUGCGUCGGCAUACUCAAGGAACGUAACGUGGACGUGGAGCACCGUUUCGGUGAGGCACUGGGGGGCAGUGCUGGUGGUGCGGGGGGCGGACACUCUGCACGCGGCAAGAAGAAGUCGACGCGGUGCCGCAUGGUGUUCCGCACAGACAUCGUAGACGCCAGCGGACGCUCUGAGACGCUGCAAGUUUGCUCCACGCAGAUCAUAUGCACUCAACCCCCCGGUGUGCCGGAGGUGUGCCGCAAAUCACUGGUGUCGUGCCCGGCGACUGGUGGCCUGGAGCUGUACCUACUCGGAAAGAACUUCCUCAAGGAGACGCGCGUCGUCUUCUGCCAGCGUCAGGACGGACACACAACGUGGGAGGAGGAGGUCGUACCCGACAAGGAAUUCCUACAACAGACGCACCUGGUGUGCUGCGUGCCGGCGUACGUGCGCACGGACAUAUCGGAGCCGGUGACGGUGCAGCUGUUCGUGCGGUCGGGCGGGCGCGCCUCCGAGCCGCACGCGUUCCGCUACACGCCCCCGCCGCCCCCCGGCGGCGCCCCGCUGCACUGCACGCUGCACCACACGCUGCACCACUCGCUGCAACACUCGCUGCAACACUCGCUGCAACACUCGCUGCAACAUGCGCAAGGAUCCACCAGCGGAGCACCCGGUGCAGCAGGAGCCGGCGAAGAGCCGCGGCCCGUGCUGGCCUGGGGCGGAGCGCCCGGCAUGAUGCCGCCGCCCGCGCUGCCCGUGCGCCGCCCCUCCCUCAUUCUGCCCGACCCGCACUCGCCGCUGGGACUCAAGAGCGAGGUACCGGACGAGAACAGCCAGCACUCCGCGUCAGACGAGACCUCCUGCGGACCCGAGGGACCCGACUCGCUGCGUCCCGCCCACAGCGCCCACAGCGCCCACACCGCACCCCUCGCCGGCAUCGAUCUGCGCCUCAAGACCGAGACCGGCCGGGACUCCGCCAACCAGGUGGGCUUCGUGGGCGCGUACGAGUCCAUGAAGCUGUCGCCGGGCACGCCCACGCCGAGCCAGCCGCCCUCGCCGCUCGCCACCUUCACGCAGCAGCUGCAGGCCAUACAGAACCAGGUGCAGACCGACAAGAUGGUCGAGUCCGUCACCGCCGCCAUAUUCAAUUCAGACGGCGGCGGACAGAUCUACGUGGACCCCCCUAUCAUGGACCCCAUGCGUCAGCUUAUGUCCGCGAAGACUUCCCUGGACCCGCUCGAUAGCAACAUGAAGGUCCUCGGCUCCGACCUCCUGAUGCGGGAGUCGAACCUGCAGGGGGGCGUGCUGCAGCCCACCACAGAGCAGCGCAUGAUCGUCUACAACCAGAUGCAGACCGACCGGCCCGAGGAGACCUUCAACCCCUUCGGCGUCCUCACCAAGAUGGAGCUCGGCACGUCGCAGAUCGAGCGGCGGCUGGCGCAGCAGAGCGCGCACAUGGAAGCCCUCGUGGAGGACGCCAUGAAGGCGACGGCGGCCAUCCUGCCCGCCGACGCCGCCAAGCUGGACGAGCUGGUAAACUCCCGCGUGGACGACCACCUGUCGGGCACCACCUCGCCCUCCUCCGCCUCGCACGCCUCCGACGUGCUGCUGAGCCCCAACGCGGCCGUGGUGAGCCGCGCGGCCGGCGGCGAGCUGAUGCCCGCCAUGGCGCAGUCCUCCAUCUCGCCCGACGUGAUUCUGAACCCGCAGGUGUCGCCGAGCCUGCUGUGCGAGGGCGGGCAGCGCAUGGUGCUGCCGUCGGCCGGCUCGCAGGACGACCUCAUCAUGAUCCCCGACAUCCCCACCUCGGUGAAGACGCCGCCGGCCGCCGUCAAGUCCAUGAUCCUGAACGCGGCCGCGGAGAUCCUCACCUCGGACACGACGAUGAACGCGCUGGUGACGUCGGCCAUCAACACGGCCAACAUCCUGAGCACGGAGAGCGCGGCGGGCGGGGCGGGGCUGCCGGCGGGCGCGGCGGACGCGCAGCCGCCCGCGGAGCCCGCCGCGGAGACGCCGCUCGAGGCGAUGUCGCAGGCGGUGUCGCAGGCGGUCACGCAGGCGGUGUCGCAGGCGGUGUCGCAAGCGGUGUCGCAGGCGGUGUCGCAGGAGAUGUCGGGCCCCGUGCAGGGCCUCACCGACAUGAGCGACCAGGACCUGCUCUCCUACAUCAACCCCAGCACCUUCGACCAGGUGUGAGCGGGGCCGGGGGGCG